CCAACAAGUGCUUUGGAUUUUUAUUUAAAAUUUGACUAUAUUGUGAGCUUUAAAAUGGACACAGCUGAAAGAAAACACUCAGUUCCAGUGCUGUACGUUACAGGAUCACAUUAUGAAUGUGGAUAUGAGAUGGGUCGAACGUUCAAAUCAUUAAUUUCGUCAUUUCUGAGUUCUUCAAAGCUUCUGAAUGAAUAUUUACUUCCAGUUUAUGAAUCAGUUGAAGGCAGAAAGGUCUAUGACCAAACAUUGAGUUUCGUAAAGGAAAAAUAUCCACAAUAUGUGAAUGAAAUUCAAGGAAUUGCUGACGGAUCAGAUUCUGAAUUGCACAAGUUAAUGCUUUUCCACUUCGAUGAAAUUCUACCAAACGUUACGAAUCAACAUAAAAGCGAAAUUGAGUCCAGUGGAUGCUCAACAGUUUAUUUGAACAAUAGUUCCAAUUCUCAACAUUUCCUUACUCAUACAGAAGAUGCAGCAAAUGAGUGCUUAAAUUCAUUCUAUUUAGUAUCUGCUCAUGUAAUGUCUGAGGAACCUUAUGGGAAAUUUAAAGUCAAGGAGGAAAAGUUCACAGCUCUUUGCUAUCCUGGACAUAUUGGUGGAUACACUAUGGGAUAUAAUAGUCAUGGAUUAGUAUUAACGAUAAAUACUUUGGUUGCGAACAAACUGUUGAUCAAUAAAGCACCACGCCAUUUCAUCACAAGACAACUGAUGACUGCCAGAAAUUAUGAAGAAGCAAUGGAAAUAAUUAAAGAUUCAGGAUGUGGAAGUGCCGAUGGAUUUUCAAUUAAUAUGAAAUUUAUAGGCAAGAACAAUUCUUCAGACUUUAAUAAUAUCGAAGUUGGACCAGCAAUAGACAGCCAGUCACAAAUGGAUGUAUUAAAAGUAUCUGGAGAUGGAAGCUUCAUUCACUGCAAUCAUUAUGUUAGAUUGAAUAUCCAAGAAUAUAGCGACUAUUACAUGCGUGCUACAAAAGCUAGAUAUGAGACAUUAACAAAGCUUCCAGAGCCAAAAACUAAGGAAGACAUAAUCAACAUGCUAGGCGACACAAGUCAUGACGAACAUUGGGUUUUUAGGUGCAAAUCAGACUAUGGCACGAAAACAAUAUGUGUAGGAAUCUUUGAUUUUAUUAAAGGAACUUGGUCGUUGUAUAAAGGUAAUCCAAAAGAAAAUAAGCCUGUGGCUGUCUUGCAUCUCGAAAUUGAUGCUUAA